UGGUUAGAGGAGUGCCAUAUGGUCCUCCAGGGACAGCAGUCCCCAGGGGAUCUGUUGAGGCCCACAUACCCCAGUGCAGGCCUGCAGCUCUGGGUCCCUGCCUGUGGGCCACUGUGACCCACUUUCCUGGAUGAGAUGGGACUAGCUUGAGGAUGCUUGUCCUUUUAUUUAUACUCAAGACCCUGAGGCUCCCCUAGUUGGAAGGUCUGGGUGCUGUGGUCUGCCCCUUUGCUGGCUCCUCCCAGCUGAGUUGUCCACAGGCUCCUGAGCUGCACCCGUGGCCUCCCUCAGAGGACACUGCUGAGCUCACGCCAUCCUGUCUCCAUUCCCAGCGUAAACAUCAGAGGGCCGCCGACUGCAAAAAUGGAACAAGAUGCUGCGAAAUUUCACCAAGUACCGCAGCAGUGAGAAGUUCCACCGGAGAAUUGAGAAAGGCAUCCCCGCCCAGGUGCGCGGCAAGGUGUGGGCCAUGAUGCUCUCCGUGGAUACCCUGAAGGCCCAGAACCCUGGCAAAUUUGAGGAGAUGAAGGAACGGGCCAGGUUGUGCUCAGAUCAAGUCCAACAGAUCGAUGAAGAGGUAGCACGCACGUUCAGAAGUCACAUCAUGUUUCGAGAGCGAUACGGAGCUAAACAACGCUCCUUAUUUGAGGUGCUCCUCGCAUACUCAUGUACAACCCCGUGA